AUGGAUGACUACUUUAUAGGUGUCGACGUUGGAACCGCGUCGGUUAGAGCAGCAGUUGUAGAUUCAAAAGGAAUCAUAUGUGGGUUAUCAAGUAACGAGAUUCGUAUGUGGACCUCUCGCACAGGCUACUAUGAACAGUCAAGCGACAAUAUUUGGCAGAGUGUUUGCCUAUCUGUAAAACAAGCAACUGAAAAAGCUAACGUAUUUGGGCCAAGGAUAAAAGGCAUUGGUUUUGACGCGACGUGCUCUUUAGUAGUAUUAGAUUUGACGGGAAAUCCCUUGUCUGUUUCACCAGACGAAAACUUUCAAGAGAAUGAACGUAACAUCAUAUUGUGGGCGGACCAUAGAGCAGCCAAACAAGCUGAAAAAAUUAAUGCCACCAAACAUCAUAUAUUGAAUUAUGUGGGUGGAAAAGUUGGCGUGGAAAUGGAAACACCGAAAAUACUUUGGCUUAAAGAAAAUAUGCCCGAUGAACGAUGGGAAGAAAUUGGUCAUUUUUUUGAUCUACCAGAUUUUUUAACAUACCGUGCAACUGGCUCAUUUGCACGAUCCGUUUGCUCGCUGACAUGUAAAUGUGGUUUCGUGCCACCUGACCCAAAUAAUAAUGAUCGUAGUAGCGAGAAAGAAAGUAAUUUUGGAUGGUAUGAUGAUUUUUUUGAGGCAAUUGGUUUGGGUGAGUUUGUUAAAGACAAGUAUUCCCGAUUAGGCGGUAUUCCAGGCGUUAGUGGCAGAAUAUGGUCAGCUGGCCAGUUAGUUGGUGGAUUGUCUAAACAAGCGGCAAAGGAACUGGGAUUAGACGAAGGCACUAGUGUUGGAUCGGCUGUGAUCGAUGCAUACGCCGGUGCAAUAGGAACUUUGGCUGCUCCGUUACCCAUCUUAAAAACAGCACAACUUACAAAAUCAAAAGCUAAGAAUAAAGAUGAAGACAAUGAAAUUUCUUCAAUUUCAGCCAAAUUUGAAGACCUUCCAGAAAAACUUGCAGUAAUUUCUGGCACGUCAUCAUGUCAUCUAGUCUUAUCUCCAAAACCGAUCUUCGUAAAUGGCAUAUGGGGUCCAUACCGAGAUGUAAUUAUACCCAAUUACUGGAUGUCUGAAGGGGGUCAAUCCGCCACCGGACAACUCAUCGACUGGAUUGUCAAUUCACAUCCAUUCAGUAACGAAGCGAAAGCAUUAGCCGAAUCUCAUAACCUAUCAAUCUACAGUUUUCUUAAUAAUCAUAUCAUCGCAAUGCAAACACGUGAAGGGGUAGAGUUUCCCGGACUCCUUAUUAAAGAUUUGCACGUUUAUCCCGAUUUCCAUGGGAACAGAAGUCCUAUAGCAGAUCCGAAAUUACGCGGCACGAUAACAGGCCUAUCGAUUGAUAUUUCGAUUGAUUCGUUUGCACUUGUUUAUUAUUCGGCAAUAUUAUCGAUUGGCUUUGGCACACGAGAAAUUAUCGAAUCGUUAAAUAACGCUGGGCAUAAAAUAAGCACAUUGUUACUCUCUGGUGGGUUAUGCAAAAAUUCAUUGUUUGUCAAAACUAUAGCCGAUGCUACGCAAUGUCAAGUUCUACUACCGAAAUAUAUCGAGGCAAGUGUAGUUCUAGGGGCAGCUAUGUGUGGUGCGAGAGCGUAUGGUGUUCUUUUACCCAAAAAAGAGUCAGAUGGUGCUGAUAAUGCUGCUGCUGCGAAGAUAAAAAAGACUAGUGCAUCUAUUACUCAUAGCGAUAAAAAUAAUAACCUUGAAAUGUGGAAUGUUAUGGUAAAAAUGUCGCAACCGGGCAGUAUAGUGCGACCAACCAACAAUGAAAAAGAAAUCAAGUUUAACGAAAAAAAAUAUAAUAUUUAUAAACUGAUGCGUCAAGAUCAAAUAAAUUAUCGUGACAUAAUGGAGAACGCUAUAAAAUAG